UUUUAUUUCAAAACAACUGGUGAUUAGUAUGUAGGUGUCUUGUACUUAUUGAGCAAAUGGAUUUAAGGACUGUAAGUGGAUUUGAACUGCUGUGCCUCGCGGUCUUGAACUCUUUUGAAGUUUUCCUCAACCCAAGAUAUGACUGGGUAAAGUUUCUGCUUAACGCCUUUGGGGACUGCGUAAGGGCGUUGCUAGCUAGGCUAACAUUAGCUGCCUGUUGUGUCAAUUUUGCAAUGGUCGGAUAGCUACAGUAGCUAGCUAAAACUUUUGCGUAGUUUCUUUUGAUUGUAUUCACUGGUCAAUACAUUACCUAGCUAACUUUGCAUCUUGAAAUAAAGGAGUUCUCAAUAAGAAAGUUCCUAUUUGUUCGACUGUCAACAUUUAUUUGAAAGAGUGAUGUUAGCUAGCUAACUAGUUUGCGCUCAUGCUGUGAGCCGCUUAGCUAGCUAGGUAACGUUAACUAGCUUCAAUCCACUUUACUCCCUUUGUAAACUAACGUUUAUUAUUGUAACGUAUAAGGUAGAGGAUAUCAAGUCAGCUGUCCGAUAUAACAGUUUUAAUAAUUUCUUAAACUACCAAUACAAAUUAACUUUAACUAGGUAGCUUACUCUCAUCAGCUAGUUAGCGAGAAGAGGAAGUAGCCGCAUGUUGUCCCAUAUGACACUGCCAAUGGCCAACUAUGUUGCAGACAACCGCUGUUUUAUUAAUCACAUUGAUAUUAGCAUUGGUUUUCUGGUUAAUUUAAGUUGAUAGUGCACAUUAUUUGCCAGCAAUAUUCUACUGGCUAAGCUAGUUAGUUUAGCUGACAUCCUGACUAUGGUGAUAUUGUUAAUCUCAUACCUACUAAAACGUAGGUAUCUACAUAUUUUGACUGCAUACUGAUUGCGUUAGCCAUAUGUCAUUGACUAACUAGCGAAGUUAGUAUGCACUGAUUAUUAUCUUUGUCUUAUGUUAUGGGAUAUUACCAUUCCUCAAUGGAGUGACAUGUUCUUUACCUAGGCUGAGCUAUACCAAGGCAAAAGACUGGGGUUGGUAACUACAGUUGGUGCAAUUUCUUGGCUGCAUGGCUGUGCUGGGGGGGGUGUAAGGAUUGGACAAGAAAAUACUGCAUACAGCACAGUAUAGCUAGUAUCAUGAAGAUUAUUCACUGCUAUGCAAUUAGUCACACAAAGACUCCGUGUUUAAACAGCCAACAGUUCCAGGCACACAAUUGUUUCCAAUAGAACAUGGUGUGGGGGUCUGGGAAAGAUAUAGUGAAUAAUGGUCGGAUUAUGAAUGUAUUAUUGAAGUAACGUGCAAUGUCAUUAUAAGCUUUUCAAUGAGUAAGCUAGAUCUAUAUGUUUUAUAUAGCCUUUUGGAAUCAUCUGACUCGUCUAUAGUACUGUAAUGUUGCAGUUGUUAAAAUGUUAAAUUUAUUCGUUAGCUGUUCCUUGAAUAUAUUAAUAUUUUUGUGAAAUUGCAAAGGAGAAGAGCACAUCCAAUAUUUAGUCUGUUCACAGAGAAAGCUCUUACUGGUCAAACACUCCCAUUGUGAAUGCACCAUAAGGAGCUACAGGAAGGGAAUGUCAGGAAGUCCAUCUCAUGGUUUUCUUCUUCGGAAAUCAGAAAAUACCCAUUCCUUUAUUACAUUACUUGAGGCACCAUUUGUAUGAUAACUUUAAACAAGGUGGGAUAGUGCUCCAAUGAUCUAUUUCAUAUGAUCAUUGGCAGAUGACGGUCUUCUCCUGAUCUGAUUUCAUACGUAGACUUACUGAGGAAUGUGAUUAUCAGUAGGAUUUGAUGCGGUGGUAUGAUUGAUUAUCUAUGAUGUUUUUGUAUGUAAUGAAUGUCUGUUUACAUCUGUAAUUUGUUUAUGAUGUCUAAGUUGUUACGUCUGGAAACAUUGUUCCCCUGCUGCUGCUGUCUUGGUUGGACUAGGUCUCUUGAAAAGUAGAUUUUAUCUCUGUGAGACUACCUGGAUAAUAACUUAUUUUAGCCUGUUGCUUGGACUAGGCAUUCCACUUUUCUAACCACUUGAUUUCAAGCACUGCACACACACAGUACUGAAGUACACAUUGGCAGCCUAUGACUGUAUUAGCCUAAAUGUUAUUGAAACCCUGUCUUGGUAGAGGAACUUGAGACACACUGAUUAACUAUUAAGAUGAACAUGAUGCAAAAUGCUCAGAGGAAACAUUGAUUUCCUGUAGAAAUAGGCCUAUUCCUAUCUGUAAUUUAUUAGCCUUGCUUUUUGGCAGCUGCCAGGGCAAUGUAAUACAGGCUUGGCUAGAAGUCAAACAACCACUUGUGGAUCUCAGCUAAUGGGUCUACUGUGAGUGUACUGUGUUCUCGACGGUGUUCUGGUUAUUUAACUAGCACGUUGAUAUGUAGGCCUAGCUUUAUUUAAUGGAUUAUAUUUUUCUACUCAGAAGUCCUAUGCUGCUUUGCUUUUGCAGCUUGGUUGAUGUUGGACAAAUUAUUGAUUGACAUGUAAUCUUAUGAUUGGCUUGCUUGAAGGGUGUUGUCUGGCCCUUUUUAUGAUCAUAAAAUGUGUUUCAAGGAGCAUUUUAUGUCUAUCUCCACAGCUCUCAAGUGGAAAUCCUCUCUAUGACAAAUACUAUCGACAGGUUGACCCGUCUGGUAGUGGACGGGUGGCAGCUGCUGAUGCAGCCUUGUUCCUGAAGCGAUCAGGCCUGGCAGACCUCGUCCUGGGCAAGAUCUGGGAUUUGGCAGAUUCAGAACGUAAGGGGUGCCUUAACGAUCAGCAAUUCUUCAUUGCUCUCCGGUUGGUGGCCUGUGCUCAAAAUGGACUGGAGGUGGCACUCAAGAGUCUCAAUUUGUCAGUUCCUCCCCCAAAGUUUCAUGACACAAGCAGCCCACUUCUACAUGGGGGAGUGUCCAUUGACAGCCCAUGGGUGGUCAAGACGGAAGAGAAGCUGAAAUUUGAUGCCAUUUUCGAAAGCCUCUCCCCCGUUGGUGGAAUGCUCUCUGGGGAGAAGGUCAAACCAGUGUUGCUCAACUCCAAACUUCCAGUGGAUGUACUGGGAAGGGUAUGGGAACUGAGUGACCUAGACAGAGAUGGUAUGCUUGACCGAGAUGAGUUUGCUGUGGUCAUGUACCUGGUCUACAGAGCUCUGGAGGGGGAGCCUGUACCCAUGUCUCUGCCUGCUACCCUUGUGCCACCCUCCAAGAGGAAAAAGCUCCCUGUCUCUGUACCCCCUGUGAUGCCCCUUUUACCCUCGCCACCCUCCAUCAAAGAGAGACGCUCCUCCCAUUCCAGGUCCAAAACCCUGCCCUCCAAACCAGCAGCGACACCAGUCACAUGGGCUGUAUCUCCUCCAGACAAAGCCAAGUAUGAUGAGGUUUUUGCAAAGACCGAUCUUGACAUGGAUGGUCUGGUGUCUGGGCCUGAAGUCCGAGAUAUCUUCCUAAAGACUGGCUUGCCCUCCGCCACACUAGCACGCAUCUGGGAGCUCUGUGACAUUGGGGACAUAGGGAAGCUUACCAGGGAACAGUUUGCACUAGCGCUGCAUCUAAUUAACCAGAAACUGACCACGGGUGUGGACCCACCCCAGAACCUCUGUCCUGAAAUGAUCCCUCCCUCAGACAGACUGAGCGUUGCAGCCAAGCAGAGCAAUGCAGCAAAUCUGGCAGCAGACUUUUCUGCCAUCAAGGAACUGGACUCGCUCAGCAAUGAGAUUGUAGAUCUACAAAAGGAGAAGAGCUCUGUAGAACAGGACGUCAAUGAAAAGGAGGAGCGCGUCAGAGAAAGGACUAGUGAAGUCCAGGACUUGCAGAAUGAGGUGCAGAAGGAGGGUGGGGUGCUGCAGCGGCUGCAGUCUCAGCGCCAGGAAGUCCAGGAUGCUCUGGAAGAGCUGGACCAGCAGAAGACCACUCUGGAGGAGCAGCUUGGUCAAAUCCGCCAGCAGUGCACCCAUGAGAACCAGCUGAUCUCGUCACUAGAGGUGGAGCACGCGGAGCAGGAGCAGAGGAUAGAGGAGUACGAGGAGCAGCUGGUGCAGGCCAGAGAGGAGCUGCUGCAGCUGCAGGAGGAGACACAGCAGUUGGAGGAGAAGGUGCAGGCAGCGCGGGAGCAGCUCACCCCCUUGCAGGAGUCUGUCCGAGACUCCUUCUCUCAGGUUUCUCAGGUGGAGCAAAAGCUGAGUGAUCUACAGUUGGAGGAGAGGACAGUCACAUCCCAGCUCAGCUGGAAGAAGGCCCUAGAGGAGGAUCCAGUGCUGGUGAAUGGCUCAGCGGAUGAGCAGCACCUAGAGGACCAGGCAGAGGAGCUGAGAGUGGAGCCUCCAGCCAUCCAGCCACAGAUGGGGCCAGCUGAACCGAUAGAAGAACAGAUAGAAGUAGUGAAGGAGGAUAGGCCUAAGACCCCAGAGGAGCCGGUGCCUAAGUCUGAUGCCUUCGAAGACCUCUAUAACAGCCUGUCUUCCACUACCUGGCCAGUACCACAGGACAACACUGUGAAGGAGCACAUUAGUCCUGUUGCUUUCACUCUUCAGGAGCAGAGAAGUCCUACUCCUGAAGUUGUAGCAGAGCAGGUGGAAUCCCCAGAGCCAGAGAGGAGACCAGAGUCAACUGAGCCUCCGCAGGCUACCCCGCCUGCCCUGCCUCCACAGACCACUCCCCCUCCACUCCCUGCCCAGCCUACCAUGUCCCCAAUGACCAGCCCCCCUCCGCUCCCUGGCAUGGACUUCUUCCAGUCAGACCCCUUCAUUGACCAUGAUCCAUUUAAAGAUGAUCCGUUUGGAAAGGCAGACGUUUCCUAUCCGUUUGGUGGAGACCCGUUUAAGGGCACAGACCCCUUUGCUGCUGACUCCUUCUUCAAGCAGUCUUUGGCUGCCCCCUUCCCUUCUGCUGACUCCUUUACCCUCGCUGACCCUUUCAGUGGCAGUGCCAGCCUAGCAGAGCCCAAUCUGUUUGCCGCUCCGCUCAACAAUGCUGCAGGAAUGGACCCCUUCAGCUCCAAACCCCAAAACAAGGCAGCCAGGGACCCAUUCAGUGCCAAGGUCAACAAUGUGGAUGCAGAUCAGUUUGGAUCCAAAAUCGACUCCCUGGCAGAGCAAGACCCGUUUGGCUCGCAGGGCACAGCAGGCCCAGAUCCCUUCAGCUGCUCCCAGCCAGGCUCUGAGCUCCCCACUAAGGAUCUCACUGCAGCAACUAAUGACCCUUUUGCACCUGGAGGCACUGCAGUAAAUACUGGCUCUGACCCAGAUCCAUUUGCUGCCGUCUUUGGCAAUGAGUCAUUUGGAAUUGGAUUUGCAGACUUCAGCGCCCUGGCCAAGUCGAACAGUUCUGACCCCUUCGCCUCAUCGAACCCGUCCAACAACAAGAACCUGUUUAAGGAGGACAGCCAGCCCAGCAGCCCUGAUGUUCCGCCAGCUUUGCCCCCCAAGACGGGAACGCCCACCAGACCUCCCCCUCCACCCCCAGGUAAGAGAUCCUCCGUCUCCAGAUCAGAGUCGUCGGACUCUUUCCACAGAAGGGGACCAUUUCUGCCCCAGGGCUCAGGAGAUCCCCCUUUCUCCCAACCUGCCAAGGACACUGCCCAGGACCCCUUCGCCCCAUCCUCACCCCGCCAGCACGCACGGGACCCUGACCGAUUUGCCAGCUUUGACAAACAGCAGUACCCUACAGAGGAGGACAUGAUUGAGUGGGCGAAGAGGGAGAGUGAGCGGGAGGAGAAGGGGCGCUUGGCCAGACAGGCACAACAGGAACAAGAGGAUCUGGAGCUGGCCAUUGCCCUGAGCAAGUCAGAGUUCUCCUGAAAGACUGGUCACCCCUUGUGACUCAGCAUGCACCAAAGGAAGGAAGGAGUGAGGGGUGGGAAAACUGAACUAAAGGGCCUACUAUUCGGUCCCAAUGAAGAGAUUUGAGUAUUUGCUCCUCGCUCCUACCCAACCCCCACAAUUCCACCAACUGUCUUUUGUUUCACUCACAAUUGGCAUUUUCAGAGUUUGUCUAUGUAACAACAAAUCCUCAUGUUUGUUAUUUUUGGUGUUUGGCUGAGUAGUGGGUAUAGAGAUGAUUGGCUGUUAGACUUCAGUAGUCCUCCUGGUACAAUAUAUAGACAUGGAGAUUGUAUGUGUAGCUGUAAUGUCCCCUCAUUUCAACUACACAGACCACAUUGCUAAUAACCAACUGCAAAAGUUCAGUCCCCGUCUGCAUUGCUCUUGCCUGCUCCAGACCAGAUGGUAUUGAGCACUUUAAAAAUAUAUAUUGACUUUAUAUGAUUAACUCUAACAAGAUAGGAAAAGAGUAAUGCUCAUCUAAUUCAUCUGGGUGUAAACCAAUGUCAAAUUGGAAUCUGUAUGUGAUCAAGGGUUGCCUGGGGCAAGUGACCUGAGCAGUCGUGCACGUUGACUGCUCUGUGGUUGCCCCAUUGAUGACAACCCUAAUGCAAAGAAUUCCAGUAGUCUGGUCUUUCUGGUUCCUCACGUGUGUAGGUGAAAAAGGCUACUUUACAUUUUGAUCAUAAUCUUUGUGCAAACCAGAAAAUACUCCUGACUUGCCCAAUGGGUGCCUUUUCAGACCUUAUGUCAAUCUCUGUCAUUCAUCUGUCUAUACACCAGACAUCUACAGUACAGAGUGAAUUGUAUUUCGUGGCUGGGGUGAAACAAUGGCUUGUGUAAAAAAAACAAUGUUCUUAGAUGACCUGACAUGUCCUUACAUCAAGUUCUACCAAAUUAAAUGAAUUAGCCGUUUUAUGAGUAGAGUAGCAGAAGUCAAAUGAUCCAGAGGGUUGAAAUGGCUAAGCGGACAUCCGUCUUCAGAUAAACACUCAUGUGUGAAUGACUCCGUGCAUUAGGCAAUUGUGGUGAUCAGAUUACUUUGACUACAGUUAACGUGAUUGAAUUUGUGCAUAUAGUUCUAAUGACACUACUUACUACAGGUUGUUCACCUUUUUGCUCAACUCUCUUCAAAGUACCCUUUAUUAAUAUUUAUGUGCCAGGCAGUGAACAAGAGUCACAUGUUUGUACAGGUGCUAAAAAGAACUAAACCAGUAAAACCACUUAUGUCCAAACCUCUGCAUGUAGGCCACUUUUAAUGAUCUUGAUAAAUAAUCUACCCCUCCCAACACUACCCACCAAUACAGUCAAAAGAUGAAGAAUAUGACUAAACUAUUUUAUUUUGUGGUUCAUGAAGUAAUGUGUUAAGUAUCAGAUGUCAAGAUUUUGGAAAGUAAAUUGGUUGUACAGGAAGAUAUUUGAAAUGUAUUUUAAGUUGAAAGAUAUAAUGAUUGAAUUGGUAACUAGAAACUUGGAUACAGGCUGAGUGUAAUACAUGUGUGAAAAUACUUCCUACUAGAAUAGUUGGUUUUGCCAUCUGUAAUGUCUGAUUCCCAAUGUCACAAUAAUCUACAACAUAUGACACCUUGUCUCACCUCUUUAGACAUGCAAUAGUUUAGUCAUUUAUUCUGGAUAAAGGAGUUUUUCCCUGUACUCUUGCUCAGAAAUACUCCUGGCCCCACUAUGGAAAAUUCUCCCUUGUUUUAUAUACGCUGCAUUUUCAACAAGUCUAGUUUUGGGUGAAUACAGUCGUCAGUAGGGGGUUCCGUUGUAAGCAAAUGGCUGUUGCUGCUCAUGUUAGUGUUGUAAAGUUAAGCAUCUUUUCAUGUUUUGUGUUUCACUGAGGUGAUUCCACAGUGUUUGACUGCAUUUCAAAGUCUUAACUGACUGAGGAAAGUAUCCUUUGCCUUUUUGUGCAAAGUCUGUUCUUCUGUCUGUGAACUUCAGCCACUUGGGGGUUUUUACUUACAAAGCCCUGUUGUGUUGGCAAGGAGAGGCCGAAUUGGGGGUGAAAUUAAAUUAAGGCAUGUUAACAUCUCAAAGCAUACCAUUAAAUGUUUUUUUUGUUUGGUUAUUUGUUUUUCAGACGAAAUGAGGCUAUGUCACUAAUCAAGAGGGCUAUACUGUGUAAGUACACUGUUGACAAGGGAAAGGCAAGGCGCUCGAGUGAUAUGGGCUGACUGUUUUCUGACCAAUGCACAACUUAUCCUGCUUUUCAUCCAGGUUUAAGUUCAUCAGUAGAGAGCAUUUUGUAAAUGAGCUUUGUGGUCAGUUAUGACUUUCUAGUGUUUUUCAUUCAAUACAUGGUUCUGUUUGUAAAUACAAUGGAGUUGUCCAUUCUCCUGCGAGACAGUGUUUUCUUUUAUACCCUCAUCUAGUAUUUAAAGGCUAUCAAAUAGUAUUGAUCAUUUGUAUAGACUUCUCUAUUUUCAAAUUACAAACCACUUUUCUUUCUAGGCCGUCUACGUAUAGGCUUUUAAAAACGGGCUAAUUGUAGGCCUAUUUUAGUCCAUUUAAACAUGUCAGUAUUUGGAGUUAUGGUCAGAAUAUGGUAUGUGCAACAUUUUAAUUGAAAACAGAAUAAUAAAUAUAAACUUCUCGAACAACA